AUGUUCACACUGAGAUCAAUACCUUCACUCUCCAGAACCUUCCACACUUUCAAACCUUUUCACAAACAAAAUGUAAUGGAAUCAUUAGAUGUUUUAUCUGGAGUAAAUCCACCAUUAAAUAAUAUUCAAUCAAUUUUACCUAAUGGAUUUAUAUUUUCCGAAGGUAUCUCUGUACAAGACAAAAGUUGUUUAUUAAUUGCAAAUAGAAUUUUAGAAUUUAAACCUGAUUAUAAAAUAAUCAAUGGAUUUAUCGUGGAAUUUACACCAAAUUCAUUAGGUUUCCUUAAAUUAAUUAAUCCAUUACCUGAUUUAUUUAUUAUUGGAUUAGGUUCUAAAAGUAGAUUAUUAAGUGAAACAAAUACUAGGUUUUUCAAUGAAUUAGGUAUUAAAUUAGAAAUAUCAGAUUCAAAAGCUGGUGUUAGAAAUUUUAAUUUAUUGGCAACUGAAAGACCAAAUCAAAUUGGUGGGAUUUUUUUACCACCAAAUGUUUAA